GCGCGCGGAGUCGGGGGAAGGCCGGCCGGGGUGGGGGGGCGGUGCGCAGGAUCCCGGGGCCGGCGCGGGGACCAUGUAGCCCCCCGCCCCGCGCCCCCCGCGGACAUGAACGCCGCCGGCGACGCCGAGAGCUUCCCGGGCUCGGUGCAGAUUCCAGGGGGCACGACGGUGCUGGUGGAGCUGACCCCCGACAUCCACAUCUGCGGCAUCUGCAAGCAGCAGUUUAACAACCUGGACGCCUUCGUGUCGCACAAGCAGAGCGGCUGUCAGCUGGGCAGUGCCACGGGCGCGGCCGCCAGCACCGUGCACUUCGUGUCGGAGGAAACGGUGCCAGCCGCGCAGGCCCAGACCCCCAGCAGGACCAUCACCUCGGAGACGCAGACCAUCACAGUCUCAGCCCCCGAGUUCGUGUUCGAGCAUGGCUAUCAGACCUACCUGCCGGCCGAGACCAGCGAGAGCCCCGCGGCCACCGUGAUCUCGCCGCCCGCCAAGUCCCGGGCCAAGAAGCCCGCGGCCCCGCCCGCCCAGAAGAAGCUCAACUGCUGCUAUCCAGGUUGCCAGUUCAAGACCGCCUACGGCAUGAAGGACAUGGAACGUCACCUGAAGAUCCACACAGGAGACAAACCCCACAAGUGCGAAAUCUGCGGCAAGUGCUUCAGCCGGAAGGACAAGCUGAAGACGCACAUGCGCUGCCACACGGGCCUGAAGCCGUACAAGUGCAAGGAGUGCGCUUACGCCGCGGCCGACAGCAGCAGCCUCAACAAGCACCUCCGAAUCCACUCGGACGAGCGGCCCUUCAAGUGCCAGCUGUGCCCCUACGCCAGCCGCAACUCCAGCCAGCUCACCGUGCACCUGCGCUCCCACACAGGCGACGCCCCCUUCCAGUGCUGGCUCUGUAGCGCCAAGUUCAAAAUCAGCUCGGACCUGAAGCGCCACAUGCGCGUGCACUCGGGGGAGAAGCCGUUCAAGUGCGAGUUCUGCAACGUGCGCUGCACCAUGAAGGGCAACCUCAAGUCGCACGUGCGCAUCAAGCACAGCGGCAAUAACUUCAAGUGCCCGCACUGUGACUUCCUGGGGGACAGCAAGGCCACGCUGCGCAAGCACAGCCGCACGCACCAGUCGGAGCACCCGGAGAAGUGCUCCGAGUGCAGCUACUCGUGCGCCAGCAAGGCGGCCCUGCGCGUGCACCAGCGCAUCCACGGGCCCGAGCGCCCGUUCAAGUGCGCCUACUGCAGCUUCGACACCAAGCAGCCCAGCAACCUGAGCAAGCACGUCAAGAAGUUCCACGGGGACGCGGCCAAGGCCGAGGCGGCCGCCGAGCGCAAGGACGCGGGCCGCCAGGGCGGCCGGCAGCUGGCCAAGCUGGACGCCAAGAAGACGUUCCACUGCGACCUGUGCGACGCGUCCUUCAUGCGGGAGGACUCGCUCCGCAGCCACAAGCGGCAGCACAGCGAGUACCAGGAGGGCAAGAACCCCGAGGUCACCGUGCUGCAGUUCCAGAUCGACCCCGGCAAGCCACCGGCCGCCGCCGCCGCCGCCGCCGCUGCGCCCCUCGCCGUGGGCCACCUGCAGGUGCCCCUGCAGCCCGGCCAGGGACCCGCGUUCAGCGAGGGGAGGGUCAAGAUCAUCGUGGGCCACCAGGUCCCGCCGGCCGGCGGCCUCGUGCAGGCGGCGACGGCGGCGGCGGCGGCGGCCACCACGGUGAACAUCGUGCCCCCCGCGUUGGUGACCCCCCGGCGCCGACGAGCUCCCCGGGAACGCGCGGCUGCAGAUCCUGCGCCAGGUGAGCCUGAUCGCGCCACCUCCUCCACCGCCGCCCCCCGCCGCCGCCGCCGCCACCGCCACCGUCCUCCGCGGGGUGCCCGGGCGAGCCUGGCACCCUGGCACCGCCCGCCGCAGUGCUCCUGAGCGCGCACGAGCCGCCGGACGCGGGCGCACUGCACCCCGCGCUCCUGCCCGCCGCGCCCGCCGCGCCCCCCGGGCAGCGCCGCCAACCAGACUUUCAUCACCAGCUCGGGCAUCACCUGCACGGACUUCGAGGGCCUCAACGCGCUGAUCCAGGAGGAGGCGGCCGAAGUGACGGUAGUGAGCGACGGGGUCCAGAACAU